UUAUUUUUGGCUAAGUGAUAUAAUUAUUUGUUUACUGUCAAAUUUCUCUAUAGGAUUGCAAACUCCUUGAAGGUAGGGACUUUUUCGUAUUCACCCAGACUCUCAAAUAUGCAGAACAGUGUCUGGCAUAUAGUAGCUGCUCAGUGAAUGUUUGUUGAGUGAAGACAUGGGCGGUCGACUGGAUUGACUUGAGUUCAGUAUAUGAGUAUUUAGGCCCUCUUUGUGUUCCAUUACCCCUAACCGUAAAAUGAGUCUGCAGCUUACAAGCCUAUGGCAGCGGGGAGAGGGGCAUCAAAUAACCAAAAGAGACAUGCCCUGCUCGGUGGCGGAGGAAGAGUGGACCACCACCCCAGUCCCCAAGACCAUCACGGACCUCUUCCGAAACGGGAACUGGACGAUGGAGAACCCCUCCCCUGCCUGCCAAUGUAGCAGCGACAAAAUCAAGAAGAUGCUGCCCGUGUGUCCCCUGGGGGCUGGGGGGCUGCCUCCUCCACAACUUUGUCGUGUUCCUGAUCCAGUGGUGCGUCAGCAAAUGGAAGCACCUGUAGUUCAUCAGCGGAGUGAAGCCCAUCAUUCUACUGGCUCUCUAGUUCUGUCUGGGACAUGGUAAGAACGCUGGUCUGCCGCUGCUUUAUAAACCUCCAUCAGGGCUCUGGAUUGGAUGGAUGAAAGAGCCCCUGGCCAUCACCAGGAAAUGUUCUACCUAGUCCAAAGAUGAAUGAAAGAGGAAAAGGCAGACCCAAUUGUACACUUUCAUGUGACCAAACGUGGCCUUAAGCACACAGCUGAUCUCACGCCAGAGGAAAUCCGUCCACACAGACUGCAAUUCAUACCAUCACCACCUCAUUCCCUAAGUGACAACUUUUCAAAAAACUGAGGUGGAAGACUCUUAGUCAAAACUCAAAACCAAUGCUUCUAACAUGUCUGAUAGAUUUUAGCCUUCAGAGUCAGGGUGUUCUUUGCCUUACUAGGAACUCAUCUGUUCUUCAGAUUCCUGAGGACCAGGUAAGAGAGGUGACCGUGCUUCCUGUUUUUCAGUUUUCCCAUAGAUAGCUAAUUCAUAAUUUAUUGUUUUUGCAGUAUAUUAGAAACAUAAAAUAACAUAGCUGUAAGUACAAGCUAUCAGGAGAGCUUAGAAGUGCCAAAUCUAGUUUAAGAAGGCUGAGGCACUCAACUAAAAUAAAAACUAAAGUUGUUUGUAAGAAGAUCCUAGUAUGUCUGUGAUGGUACUGAAGAAAUUCUUAUAAGGUUACUUGCAGGCUAUUUACUUCAGGUGACAAUAUUUACAAUAAAGACAGUACAUUAUUACUGUCUCAUUACCUUAGGGCAACACAACAAUAGCUCCAGAGAUGAGGAUAAAAAUAUAAAACACAAUAAGAAGAAUCAGAUUGUAUAUGUAGGC